AGCAGGGAGGGCGGGCGCGUCGCCAACGAAGCGGACUCGGUCGGCCAGGUCUGCAGCUGCAGCUCGCAUUCUCUCCGUCCUCCUCUCCUCGACCGCGUCCAGCUCUCGCACAGCCAUGGCCAACGCUCCCCCGCCCCCGUCCGACGGCAUUGGCAUCGCCAACCUGCCCAACCAGCGACACAAGAUCGUCGCGAAGCGCGGCGCGCACUUCACUGUCAUGGUUGUCGGCGAGUCCGGUCUUGGAAAGACGACGCUCGUCAACACGCUCUUCUCCACCGAGCUGUCCCCGGCCAAGAACUACAACCGCCGCCACCACAAGCAGCUCGACAAGCUCACCGAGGUCGAGAUCAUCAAGGCCGAGCUUGAGGAAAAGCAGUUCAAGACCAAGCUCACCGUCAUUGACACCCCCGGCUUCGGUGACUACGUCAACAACCGCGACUCGUGGGCGCCCAUCGUCGACUUCAUUGACGACCAGCACGAGGCGUAUAUGCGCCAGGAGCAGCAGCCCCAGCGCAAGGACAAGAUCGACCUCAGAGUGCAUGCGUGCCUGUACUUCAUCCGGCCCACCGGGCAUACGCUCAAGCCUCUCGACAUCGAGAUCAUGAAGCGUCUGGGCACGCGUGUCAACCUGAUUCCCGUCGUCGCGAAGGCGGAUACCCUCACCCAGAACGACCUCUUCACCUUCAAGCAGCGCAUCCGCGAGGUCAUUCAGGUGCAGGGCAUCAGGAUCUACCAGCCGCCCAUCGAGCCCGACGACGAGGUGACAGCCGAGCAUGCGCGCAUCCUCGCCGAGGCCAUGCCCUUCUCCAUCAUCGGUUCGACCGAGGAGGUCACCACCGCCGAUGGCCGCAAGGUCAAGGGUCGCGAGUACCUCUGGGGUGUUGCCGAAGUCGAGAACGAGAACCACUGCGACUUCCGCAAGCUGCGCUCGCUGCUGAUCCGCACGCACAUGCUCGAUCUCAUCUCGACGACGGAGGAGAUCCACUACGAGAACUACCGCCAGAGCCAGAUGGAGUCGCGCAAGCCGGGCGAGUCCAAGCCGCGCAAGUUCGAAAACCCCAAGUUCAAGGAGGAGGAGGAGGCCCUCCGCAAGCGCUUCACCGAGCAGGUCAAGGCCGAGGAGGCCCGCUUCCGGCAGUGGGAGCAGCAUCUCAUCCAGGAGCGCGACCGCCUCAACAAGGACCUGGAGCUGGCGCACAGCGCGAUCAAGUCCCUCGAGGCCGAGCUGGACAACCUCCAGGUCGGCUACGGCCGGAACACUGGCAGGCGGUAGAUGUCCAUACGUACGCUGUCCCGCCUGCUACCUAUUUACCAAAAGCGUUGCUUGUCUCGAUGAUACCCUGCCCACACGCUUGUCGCUCGUUACGCUUCGGUUCGCCGGCUUGGUUUUCUGUCUCUCGUUACUUCGUGUUCAUUUUGGGAUAAUACUCGCUGUUGCCUGUUGUCUUACCGCGCCGCGGCGAAUAGAACGCAUUGUGCGCUCGUUUUC